AUAGAUCGUUGAUCUACCUGAAAGUUUGAGAAAAACAAAAUCUCUGUUGUUUUAUCUUCUCACAUCUUCCUAUUGAUUAUUUUUUCUCUUUUUUUUGUUGUCCUCUCUUCUCAUUCGUUCUAUCCUAUCUGUUCCUGUUUGUGUUCUGUUCUUCACCACAUUUUCUGAACAAAUCGAUAAUCUGCACAGUUCGAAGAAGAUGCCGCCAAACGCGAACUCUGUUGGGGGCCCGAAAAAGAAGAACAAGAAGAAUCAUCAACGCCCUCAACAGCAACAUCAACAAACACAGCCACAACCGCUACCAGAAGAGGAACAGCCGGAAAACCCCAUCAAGAAGGACCCAAAACCAGAAGUUUUAGAAGAAGUAGUAGAGAAGAAUCGAGAAGAAGACAAAGAAAAAGUAGAAGAAACGGUGGCUCCGACCAUCGAAAAAGAAAAAAACAUUAGCGGGGAUCUUUUGGAUUUCAGCUCUUCGGAUAAGAGUAGUUUGAGUAGCAGACCGAAUGUGAAGGAUUCGCCGGAAGAAGACGAGGACGCCGUUCCAGUGGUCAAUAGGACCACAACGUCUCCUCCAACAUCCCCACCGUCCCAAACAGCAGUUGAACAGGAUUCUUUACAAGCUGAAGAAAUGCUUGUCGAUAUGUCACUUGACGAUGCUCCAGCUGCACCUCCAAGAAAACCACAUCAGAGAUCAGCACCACCACCAAUUCCGUCAAUGAAUACGAUAAUGACAAAGCCAAGAACCAACUCAGUUUCUUAUAUCAAGGGACAAGUCGUUCGACAAUCUGCUGUAGAACAACAAACUCUCGCCAAUCAAGUGGUUGAUUUAGUUGCGAUGGGAAUGUCAAAGGGACAGACACAAAGUUCACAAAUAACUGCUGAAAAGGCCGAAUGGGUGCAAUUAACAUCUGUGGAGAAAGCAGGAGAACCGAAUGAAAGGCUUGAAGUGCUGAUUGUUGGAUUAUGUCGAGGAUAUCAAAUCUGGACGAUGAGUAUGGAAUUUCAGCAAAGCGGCGAAUUCGAAGAGGUUCUAUCAGAAAGACAAGGACCCGUGAGAGCUUUGAAAGUGCUUCCAAAUAAUCUUAAACUCCGUGGAAAGAAAGAUUCAUUCGCCGAUUCCCGUCCACUUAUUGCAAUGGUUGAUGCUUCUUCUCAUCACCCUGAUCGACAGUACUGCUCGGUCACCAUCAUCUCAUUGUUAACUGGACGAGAAGUUCAUAAAAUCAAGUUCGAAGAGCCAGUUUGUGCUGUUAAUGUGUCAGAUCAAUUUUUGGUCGUCUCUCUUGCAAAUAUGGCGUAUGCCUAUGACAUUCUAACAUUCAAUGAAGUUAGGACCAUUCGAACUGCACCAUCCUGCGAAAACAGUCCGCCAGCACUUUCCCUGUCUUGCCAACUUUUGGCAUAUGCUGACACUAGUCUCGACUUGAAUCUGCAAAGUAGUGGAGGACUUGCCGCUGAAGUUGAGGCAACAAGUAGUGAGAAGUAUACCGAUCAUAUUUAUACUGCAAUGAGCUACUUCAGUCGUAGCGUCAAGACAAUCAGUGAAUCAGUUGGUGCAGGAUCGGGAAGUUCUACGAAGGCUAAUCAGCCACAAGGAGUAAUCACUGUUCUCAAUCUGGCAGUCUCCGGAGAAGAUGAAUCAGAUGGCGUUAUGUGUCACUAUGUAGCACAUGUCGAUCCUAUUUCAUAUAUUGCAUUUUCACCUGAUCAACGAUUGGUUCUUUCUGCCGACGCGAAUGCUAACGUUUUCAAUAUAUUCCUUCUGAUGCCACAUGCUACAUCAUCUUCAUUGGCCGCAGUUCAACAUUUGUACAAGCUGAAUCGCGGUAGCACCCCUGCAAAAGUUGUAUCCACAGCAUUUUCCGAAGAUUGCCGUUGGUUGGCAAUUACUACGAAUCACGCAACAACUCACGUUUUCGCAGUUUGUCCGUUUGGAGGAAAACCUAAUCAAAGAACACAUGGAGAUACUUUUGUGAACAAAGAAUCAAGAUUUCAUAGGUCUGCUGGAUUAACCGAUGCAGCAGAUGUUACUGCAUCAAUCGGACCCAGCAAACACAGAGCAAUGGCUGAUUCUUGCUCCUAUACAAAAGAACAUCCAAUCGCCGUAAACUCUCCAACCCUGGCCAAGACCAAUGGGAACUCCAGAGUCGGACCAUUCCCACCACCACUACUUCUUGUCGCUACUGAGAAAAUCAAGGACUCUCGAUACACGAAAGAAGAUUUAAGUGCAUGGGCUGCUGACAUGACAAGUUUCUCCUAUCCAGCUGCUCAAGCUUCGUCUUCACCUGCAGUAGCUGCAAGGCGACGCUUGGAAGUUUCUAGAAUGUCAGUGAUGUUCAGGAUGAAGAGUUAUAACUCGACAACUAGCACAAAAACGGCGAAAACUACCAAAAUGCUGAUGUCAAUGUCUCUAGUCAUUGCAAAAGUUGAUCCAGCUCAAGGAGUCAUUGUUACACAACAUGAUAUCAAAUCUCUCCGAAAAGAGGGUGAAACUAACAUGGAAGCUUCUCCUCAAAUAAGUGUUGCUCCUGUCGGUGGUUGGAUUCUUCAGAGGACCAAGAACAAUGCAGAUAUGCAUGCCCCAAUGCCUUCUGCUUCUCCACUAAUGGCUUUUGCUACAGUAGAGACUGUACCAGCAAAGAGGAUUGGCGACGAGGAUGUUUGGACACCUCACGUGGAAACACGAACGUAUCUACCACCACACCGUUGGAUUUGGCAAGGACCACAGUUCGAGUUGUUUGAAUAUCGAGAAGAUGAUCAACCGAGUCUGAUGUCUCCUGGUAAUAAAGGAUCCAAUGCUUCAUUCAAGUCGAUUCCAGUCCUUGUUGGAUCUGAGGCAGUGAAUAUAACCAUGAAAACUAUUCCCGCUGAUGCAACAAGAAUUGAAUGCGGUAGUUACACAUCUGCCAACUCGUACAGCAUCGAUCAAGGAUCUGAUCAACCAGUAAUUGGUGGAUAUAGUAGUGCCACAAAUGGAGAUUACAUUGCCUCAAUUGCUGAUGCUAUGCGUGAUAUUUCAAGUGAUGACGACAGCACGAAAAAGAAGUCUCCAAAAAAUGAUGAUCUUAUUGAAGAAUUUUUCGACACCGAAUCGUCAACUCCAUUUGCUCGAAACGGUUCUGGAUCAUCGUCUUCCACUGGAGCCACUGGCGGCAAAUCUUUGAAAAAGAAGAAGACACCACCAGCGUCUGCCCCUCUACCAACAUCUUCCACAAAAUCAUCUCAAAAGGACAAAAAAGUUCAGAAUGGACGAGAACGAUCGAAGGAUUCUGACGAUUUUGGAACUUUUGACAUGGAUGAUAUUUGAUUUGUAUCUAUUUCUGUAUAAUUUGUAUGUAAUUUUAUAUUUUAUCUCCUUUAAGUUUUUUCCUAUGCUUUGACCACUGGUUGGUAUAAUUUCUCACUUCUUCCCAUCUUUCAGCUCCCCGUAAUUGCCUUUUCCCCAUUUAUUAAUCAGGUUUCUUUUAAUUCAAUUUUCAAUCAUUCAAACUUCUCAAAAACUUCCCACUGAAAACAUGUGAAAAUCCACAAAAAAAUAUUACGGUCCUACUUUUUUAAAAUUCAAAUUUCGCUGUAAUUUUAACCUCACUUUUCUUGAAAUAUGUGUAAAAUUUCCUUUUCUGAGUAUUUUCCCAUUAUUUGUAUAAUUUUUGGAACUUUAUCUAGAAUAUUUCAUGUUUCAUUAAGAAAUUACCAAUUCAGUUUCACUGAACUAGAUUCCCCUAGACUUUUAUCGUCCUUAUCCAUUUCACCUUAUCAUUUUUCUAACAAAUUAUCAUCAAACUUUUGGUCUAUCAAUGAAAAUGUAGAAAUUAAAAU